UCUCACUCUCGUAAGUCUUAAAUUUUAUUCCUUCUUUCUUUCACUGUCCCGAUAUUCUUCUUCUACCUUAUUCUCCCCGAUGACUUCUUAAAUUUAUAUUUCAGCCUCGUUAAUCUUAAAUAUCUUUCACGAGCAGACCCUUCUGUCCUCUCCUCUCCUUUUCACCGCAGGCACGUUUCCCUUACAUAACAUAUACACAGAAACGAAAAUAUAAUUCCAUUUUGACAUUGCUUUUUUUUUCCCCCUGAUUGCAGAGAGGAAAAGGGCUCUGCUUUGCAGAUCUAAUUCAACUUCUACGAUCUGUUCAUCAACUGAUGCUCUGAAAGAAUCUCCAUUAUACUAUCUCCCACUUAGCUAUAAAGAAGAUGGGAAUUUUGUUUUCCAAAAUGUUCUCUUCAGUAUUUGGCAACAAAGAGGCUCGGAUCCUUGUUCUUGGUCUUGAUAAUGCUGGAAAAACUACAAUCCUCUAUCGGCUUCAGAUGGGCGAAGUUGUGUCCACCAUUCCAACUAUUGGAUUUAAUGUGGAAACAGUUCAGUACAACAAUAUCAAAUUUCAAGUAUGGGAUCUUGGUGGGCAGACAAGCAUCAGACCAUAUUGGAGAUGUUAUUUUCCCAACACACAGGCCAUUAUUUAUGUUGUCGAUUCAAGUGACGUUGAUAGGCUCGUGAUAGCUAAAGAUGAGUUUCAUGCAAUCCUGGAGGAGGAAGAGUUAAGAGGUGCUAUUGUUCUUAUUUUUGCGAACAAGCAGGAUCUUCCUGGUGCACUUGAUGAUGCGGCAGUGACUGAGGCUUUGGAGUUGCACAAGAUCAAGAAUCGACAAUGGGCAAUUUUUAAAACGUCUGCCGUUAAAGGAGAAGGUCUUUUUGAAGGUUUGGACUGGUUGAGUAAUACAUUGAAGUCUGGGGGCGGCUAACUCUUUUGGAGAAGAAUGGGAAGCUUGUGAUUGUUUCUCUGAGCCAGAAUUUAUAAAGAUGAUCAUGGUUAGUUGGUAUGGCUGGUAAUAGAAAUUCAUUAGUGGUCGCGUUGAUGUCAUUUGACCUUCACUGAUUUUUCUAACUGAUAUACCUGUAAAAUUUUUGUCAAAGAAGAACCACUUAGCUCUUUUGUUGUUA